UUAAAAUUUUCAAAUAUAAAAAGACGUGAAACAGUUGAAAGAGGAAGAAGACGAAAGAGGAAUUAAAAUAAAUAAUAAUAAUGGAUAAAACAGAAAGGGUUUCGGCUAAAAUGCCAGAACUAACGAUUGGGACAGAAGAAUGGCGUAGCAGGACCUUGCGAGGAAUGAAGGUGUCGCAGGGAAUAAUGCAGAGAACUGAGAAAUAUGUGGCUGCCAGAAAGUCGACAGACCCGUCGCCUUUCCUCAGAGAUGUCCUCGUCCGACACGCUAAUGAUGCUAUAUUGAAAUAUUGUCGAUUAAUGAGGGAGGUGACGGUGAAAUUAAGACGGGCGUUGGUGAAGGUGAAUUAUGAAAUUGUGUCGGGCACCAGGUGUAAGGAGAGGCUGGAGAAAGAACUGGACUACAUCAGGAAGGACAUCGUGACGAACAGGGAGAGCCAGGCGACCAGGAGAUUCCGACCGGAACGGGAAUUGGACAGAGAUGGAGCUGAUGAUUUACUUUGUGCUGAGAUGAAACAUUUGGUAAAUUCCAAGAAAGUUCUGGAAGUCCAACUACACAUUGUCCAAGAUGGUCUCCAAGUUCUUCAAAAUGCUCGAAAAAAUCUAAAAGCUACCCUAAAGGAGCGAGGUCGUGUCAUGGAGUUGACCAAUGAAUCUGUGGCCAGCAUCCAUUUUCAGAAAUUGUGGCAGGAGAAGCCGCGGCCUCAGACAGCAAAUGCUAAACUGGGGGCAAUCCAGCCGAAUCCAAUUGAAUUGGCUGAGGUAAAGACUCCUGAAGUUGAGAUUUCAUUGCGAGAGGCAAGGGAUGCAAUGAAGAUGUCUUGUAAGAACCGUGAGGAAGCUGAGAACGCAAUUAAGAAGAUGAGGAGCCUGAAAGAUGCUGCUCAUCUGUCAGUGAAUAAAGGGUUGAGUAAAAAACUGAACGAAACAAAUAAUUUAUUGCAACAACUGUCCAUACAUAAUGGUGAAAACAGGAAGUCACUACAAAUGGCCAACAUUUUGUCAGACAAAACCGAAUUGUCAAAGAAUAAUUUAAUGCGUACGGCCUAUCUCACCUGUCGAGAACGCAUCAACAGACCAAUGGUGGAGGUGUACAAACGCCAUGGUGGACAAGACUUGUCCGGAGCCAAAGACAUUCGAGAUGCCAGCAACAUCCUCCUGGAUGCCCUUGUUGACAACAGCAGGAACAUCGAUUUACUGAACCUGGCUAAAAUGAACAUCCACAACGACCUCCGUAGCAAGGCCCAAGCUAUUCACGUCGAUGGUGACGUGCUGAGAUUGAGGCGACGCAAUGCGGACCACAGAUGGCCCAUCAAAAACAAGUAUUAGCACCAAAACAAUUAAAUCUCUCCCAGAGUUCUGAGGAAAUCCAGGUUCUUUUUUUUUUACUUUGGUUACUGUUGUUGAAUCAGGUUUGAUUAUUUUUGCUUGAUGCUUUCCAGCCAUGGCCAUUGCAUAUAUUUAUAUACCUAAGACUACAUUGAAUUAUGUUGCUUCUAUGGUUUGAGCAGGAUUUGGUUGUUAUUUCUAGCAAUUCAUGUAUAGCGUGUGAUACAAGGGAGAUUUUGCUGCUAUUUCUAGCCAGUUGAUGGACCCCCAUAAGGGUUUUCCUCUCAGUGUUGUAGAAAAUCAACACCAAGGGCAAUAACCUAAGGGGAGAACUGAACCUGGGGUCUUAAGUCAACUGUGUGUGUAGAGAGAAGUCAGCUGAGAGAGGGAACAUCUUCCUCUCCUAGAUGUAGCUACACUCACUCACACAACUAUUUCAUUAGUGCUCCCUAUUUUUAUAACAAUGGAAUAGCUUUCAACCCUGUGGCACAGUUGGGUAAACUGACCCACGUUGGGGUGAUAUUGUCGAAAGGGUUUUAAAUAAAAUACCUUGUAGUAUUGGUUCUGAGUUGAAAUCCCACCUUGGUCUCAACUUUACCAUUCAUCCUUUCAGUGGACAGUAUCAAGCCGCAAGAGAAGGGGUUAGGGUUGGUGAAACUGCAACAAUGGUGGACUGGGUCCUUUGUGGUAUUAGUUCUGCCUCUUUACAUCCUGCUAUCAUCUUAAGCAGAACAUUUCAUCCACCAUUUGCUACCAUGGAGUGACUUUAGUGCAGCUCACUCUAUAAUAAGCAUUUGGAUCACAUUCCUGGUCUGAAAGGACCUUACUCUCUCUCUCUCCUCUAAUCUCAGAGGCCUUGCAAAGGGUCAAGGGCUCUAGCCCUUCCCUCCAGACUAAAAUAAAAUCUAAAGAACUAUAGUACUAGGGUCCCAAUGAUCAACAGAACAGCUUGCUUAUGAAAUUAACACACAACUGGCUGAGCACUCUAGACACAUGGACCCUUAAUGAGAUUUAGCGUGACAUGGCCAGCCCUUUGAAAUACAGGUGUAACUCAUUUUUGCCAGGUGAGUGGACUGGAGCAACAUGAAAUAAAGUGUCUUGCUCAAGGACACAACACGUCACUGGGAAUUGAACUCACAACCUUACAAUCAUAAGCCAAAUGCCUUAACUGCUAAGCCAUGCACCUUCACAUUAUAUAUAUAUGUAUACAGAAAAGAAAUUAUAAACAGGAUUUGAUUGUAAUCUGACGCUUUUCAGCUUGGGCAUGUUAGUAACAACAUCAGCAGUUGAGUCUGUUUGUCUUGAGUUAGAGCUGCUGGUUACAUGAGAUCUCAUGACAGCAUCUACUAACUGAAGAAAUAGCCUUCUUCCAUAAAGAAGUGGCAAUCACUAGAUAUACCGAAUGUUUUUUGCCUUCCCUGAUGAGGUGGCUGGCUAUUUAGGUACUUAGCAAAUAUAUAAUGAUGAUUGUUAUAUGCCAAGUGCAAAUAAACUGCUAUGCUUCUGAAACAUUUGUAGCAUGUAUUGAACUAUUAAACAUUCAUCUUCAUUUAUCUCACAUAGAGGAAACUGUCCCCUGGUCAAAGAGGGAUCCAGUGUCAGCUGAUGGUGUUGAAAUUGUUUGACUUGAAAUAAGUUGUUGUUGAUGGGUUGAACUGUUGUUUUGGUGGUGAGAAAGGUCAAAGGUGAAAUGGAUUAGUAUGACAUGUAACAAGAAGAGGGAGGAGAUAGAAGCUUCUGGAGAAUCUGAUGGAUGUGUGUUACCACUGCCACAAAAUGGGUGAGCAGGGCCAGUAAGUAUAGAUGGGUGGGUGAGGUGUCAAGAGGGAGUGACAAGCAGGAAAAUGAGGGGCAUCAGAGAGAAAAAAGAUCUGACGCAAGCAACAUGCAGCCAUCACUUACGUGUGUGUGUGUCUCUCUCCAUGCAAUCGAAGUGGGGAGACUAAUGGUAGGUACAUUUGUUAAUUGUAGAAUUGGUGGGUGGUAUGGUGAGUAGGAGAGAGGACGACAGAACAGAUGAGGCAGCAAAUGAGUCGAACCUUACACACCCAAACAGACACUUGUCCUACAUUCCCCCCUCUCUCAUCAUUCUUCUUAGUCUACAUUUAUCUAAUACACUUCUUUCUUUCUCUUUUAACACCCCCCCCCCCCGCCAUUAGUCCAGACUCCUUUCUUAUCCCUUCCACCCCUCCUCCCUCCUCAAAUUCUUCUGCUGUGAAAUGGGUCGUGGCAGGAAGGGCAACCCAGCAAUAAAACAAUGACCAAAGUACACAGCUUCUCCAAUAUGCACGACCAACAGUGGAUGUCCCAGGGCUACGAUAGAAAGGGGUCUUGGCAAGACUCUUCAAAAGUAAAGAACUAGGGGACAAAGUCGUCUGGAUUAGUUUACAUAAAGACUCGUUAGUGAACGAAUAAUCUAAUUAAACAAUCGAGAAUAUGUGACAGAAAAAUUAAACUUGGACACAAGUGUUUGUUGUACAGACAAGAUUAAUUGAGGAGUGAAAAGAUGGUUUUUAUGAGGCCCCGUUGCAAACCCCUUGGUAACAAAUAAGAGACAGCAUUAUCCUAGUUCUAUUGGCUGCACUUGGACGGUGGAUUUUGCUAGGAUUCUAGGGAUGAGGAGGGAGAGAGGCUUCUGGAGUUCUGUGAUACUACAAAAGGAACUAACCAUUUGCUAAGACAAAUUUCAGGAAACCAAUCAACCUCUUGGAAACCAGAUAAAUUUCAUUCUCAACUGAAGAAGAGGAAUUGGAAAUGGUUUGGUUGUAAAUCCUAAUACACAACUGAUUAUUGGUUAUUGAUUAGUGACUUAUGAAAAGACAGAGGCACAUCCUAGGGAAGGUCUGCUAAAGAUAGGUUUCAAGCAGUUCUAAAUGAUGAUGAUGAUGAUGAUGAUGAUGGUGAUGGUGGUGAGAUAGGGACAUGGGAAGGUCUAUGAGACCAAGACUGGUUCCAAAGUAAUCUGGCAGUGGGACAGUAGGGAUUGAUAAAAGCGAGGAGUGGAGGAAAGGAAGUAGCAGAGAAUAUGUCAGUGAGAGAGCUAGAAGGGGAAAAAGGGUUUUGUGAUGAGAGAGAAGUGGUGUGUUCUGGCUUGCAAAGCAGCCUUCAGGAAAGAAGUUUGAAAUGAGGGCAAACUUGGAAAUAUUCAAGAGAGGAGGCUGAGUGUGAAAAAUGUGUAAAAUGAACUGAGAAGAAGAGGGGGAGCAGCCAUUGAAGUGGACUGUUUAUAGGGUCAGAAUGGCCAUUGGGUUUAGUUGCUGAGAUGCUGAAAAUAUCUGAUAAUAAAGCAAGUCAUUAAUUAGCUAAUGAGUGGCAUAGGGGCUUCAUUACCAACUGCUACAAGGGCAAACAAUGUGUGU